GGAAGUAGAUGUUUUUAUAAAUGUGUGGUUUGUUUUUUUUUAACUUGUUGCUUUCCCAUAUUAGGGGUGAUAGCCAAAGGGUGAUAAGAAAAAGGGGGGACAAAUAGAACAGUGCAGAGGCCCACCUGGCUGCAGUCCUGUCCAUCAGGAAGUGCACUUAACCGGCCACCAAUUCUGCCCCCCAGAAUCACUGAGAUGUUUGCCACUGCUUGGGCAGUGGUCCAAGGUCAAAACGUCACCGCGCAGAUUGGGAAGCCACUGGUGCUGAACUGUAGGGGCGUCCCGAAGAAACCACCCCAGCAGCUGGAAUGGAAAUUGAACACAGGUCGGACAGAAGCUUGGAAGGUCCUGUCUCCUGAGGGAGGUUCCUGGGAUAGCGUGGCCAGGAUUCUCCCCAAUGGUUCCCUCCUCCUGCCAUCUGUUGGGAUCCAGGAUGAGGGGACUUUCCAGUGCCGGGCGAUAAGCCGCAGUGGAAAGGAGAUCAACUCCCAUUACCAAGUUCGAGUCUACCAGAUACCUGAGAAGCCAGAAAUUAUUGAUCCUGCCUCUGAACUCAUGGCUGGUGUACCCAAUAAGGUGGGCACAUGUGUGUCUGAGGGGGGCUACCCUGAAGGGACGCUCACCUGGCACUUGAAUAGGAAACCCCUGGUACCCGAUGGCAAAGGAGUGUCUGUGAAGGAAGAGACCAGAAGAGACCCCGAGACAGGGCUUUUCACACUCCAGUCAGAGCUGACAGUAACCCCAGCUCAGGGAGAAGCUCCCCGCCAUACCCUCUCCUGUAGCUUUCGCCCUGGCCUUCCCCGGCGCAGACCCCUUCACUCGGCCCCCAUCAGGCUCCGUGUCUCGGGUGAGUGCAGAGGUGGGGACCUUUGGGAGGGAAGGCUAAGCCCACGGACACUGGGGCCACCCACAGGCAGCACUCUCAACCUCAUGCGCAUCCCCACCCCAGAGUCCGAGUCCAAGUCUCCGGAGAUUCAGUUGGUGGCAGAGCCGGAAGAUGGAGUGGUGGCUCUGGGUGGUACUGCGACGCUGACCUGCGGAACCUCUGUCCAGCCCCCUCCUGAAAUCCACUGGAUCAAGGAUGGCACACCCCUGCCCCAUCCUCCCAGCCCAGUGCUGCUUCUCCCUGAGGUGGGACCGCAGGACGAGGGGACCUACAGCUGUGUGGCCACCCAUCCCACCCACGGGUCCCUGGAGAGCCAUCCUGUCAACAUCAGCAUCGCAGGUGAAGGAUCACCUACAGGCUUUGUGGAAGGGUUAGGAACUCUAGCCUUGGCCCUGGGGGUCCUGGGAGGCCUGGGGGCAGCUGCCCUGCUCAUUGGGAUCAUCGUCUGGCAAAGACAACGGCGCAGAGGAGAGCAGAGGAAAGCCCCAGAAAACCGGGAGGAGGAGGAAGAGCGUGCAGAGCUCAAUCAGUCAGAAGAGCCAGAGGCAGCAGAGAGCAGUGCAGGAGCGCCGUGAAGGGCUGGCAGCCAGAACCCAUCCUGUCCUCUGUCCAGCUCUCCCUUCUAUAGCCUCACCUCGACAAACAUCCCUCC